UUAUUAAAUUAACUAAUUUCAGUUAUUAAGCUCUAAAUUUUAAUUUUUUUCAAGUUUUUUUUAAGUUUUAAUUUGCAAUUCUGUCGAUGAUCUCCUAGUUUUACUGGCCUAGAAUGAAGGAUGUCCAAACAGAACCCGAUCUUGAAGGCUAAUCUGUUUGAAAUCGUUAGAAAAAUUUAGCAAGCACAAACUGAAAACCAGGUCCUAAUUUUAUGCCAUCCAAAGUUAAACACUUUAGAUACAAUAUAUCUGCAAGAAAUUAGUAAGGCUAGUUUCAAUCCUAUCAAGAAUGUCGAGAUUUAAUCCGUACGAGCAUGUUAACUUGAAACUCAACGAUGAUGGCACCUGUACUCGCCUUCUCAAUCUUCCACCUGCAAAAACCAAUGCUGACCCUUCCUCUGGAGAACCUGUUCUCUCCAAAGACGCCAUUGUCAACGACGAAAGAAACACCAAAGUUCGCCUCUAUCUUCCCAUCGUAUGCACUUCUGACAACAAACGUUUACCUGUUGUAAUUUACUUUCAUGGCUGUGCUUGGGUCCAUUUUACAGCUGAUAACCCUGCCCUUCAUCUUGAUCGUCAAUGGACUGCGGGCACAAUUCCUGCAAUUGUCAUUCUUGUUAUUUAUAGACUCGCACCUGAAAACCGCCUCCCUGCCCAAUAUGAAGAUGCGGAGGACACGCUUCUUUGGACAAAAAAACAAUUUGAAGAUCCCAAUGGCGACCCAUGGCUCAGGAAUUAUGGAGACUCUUCACAAUGUUUCAUUUCUGGGGCUGGAAACGGAGGGAAUAUAGUAUUCUUUGCUGCUUUACGAGGUGUAGAAUUGGACCUGAACCCAUUGAAGUUUAUUGGGUUAAUCAUGAAUCAACCGUUGUUCGGCGGGAAACAAAGAACAGAUUCAGAAGUUCGUUUCGCUACCGAUCAAAUCAUACCUUUGCCUGUAUUAGAUUUAAUAUGGGAACUAGCAUUGCCUAAAGGGACGGAUCGUAAUCAUCGGUACUGCAAUCCAAUGCUGGAAGGGCCGCAUCAAGAGAAGAUAAAACUUUUGCCUCCAUGUUUAGUACUUGGUUUCGGGAUGGAUCCAUUGAUAGACAGGCAACAAGAAUUUGUGCAGAUGUUGAUGAAACAUGGAGUAAAAGUUGAAGCUCAUUUUGAUGAGGUUGGGUUCCACAGGAUUGAUAUUGUCGACGCUAGAAGACGGGCUGGGUUGUUGAAAAUUACUAAGGAAUUUAUUCAUACACAAAUUGCUUACAACAGUACUGAUCAUCAGCUGGACACAAAUGAUCAUUAUUUAGACACACAUCACAGUGAUCAUCAUUUAAAAGACUAGAUAAAUUAUAUUAUCUGUGAUUGAGUAGAGUGAUCUGAUGAAGAUUUACAUCUUAUUAUAUGAGUGUUGAAGAAUGUAAGAACAUGACCAGAUGACUUUACAUUCAAAAUUUAAGUUGCAGUAUGGCUUUCAACUCUGCUUAGAUUUCUAUUACACUGUUUGCUUGAUGUACUUUUUUUUUUUUUUUAAAAGAAACAAAUUAAUAUGUACGUUGAUUUCUGUUUCCAGAUUAUUAAUAAAAGGCUGAUCAUAAGGAGAUCAAAAACAAAAUGUACAAUUCAAAUGAUGUAUCAAAUGGAUUCCAACAAGAUUAUGAAUAUAACUUGAGUUUCUUUUCU